AGCUAUAUAAACACGAUCCAUCGAGGAACUUGAUCGACUACCACGAAUAAGUACACAUAAAACGUUCUCUUCGAUCAUAAACUUUUGUUUCGUUAGUGCGAUUCUGCGCGUCGAUCCGUGAUCGAUUCCGGAGCAAUUUAGUUCUUGGAGAUGGGGAAUGUGGAGGCAGUGGCGGCAAUCUCGCCGGACCUCGGCGACGCGCUGGCCAAGGUGGCCGUGUUCACGCUCGUGCAGGGGUUGGUCUACCUCAUCCUGCGCAAGUCGUCGGACCUCUUCUCCACGGCCAGCGGCAACGCCGCGGCGAGGUCCCGGAGCUUCCGGCCGAUGCGGAGCAUGAGCGUCCGCCGCGUCCUGGCCGCAUUCUCCGACGUCCCCUUCGGCGGCCCCGAAGAUGGUGCCUCGUCCACGUCCACGUCGUCCUCGGCGGCGGCGCAGACUGAUGCUACUGACCGUGCAGACUGCAGACUAGCUUAGCUAGUUGACUAGUACUACUAUAAUGUAGGUGCUUUAGUUUAGAAAAACCAGUUCUGAACUCGGGUAUAGAUGCUCCUGCUUGAAUAUUUUUUUUAAAAAAAAUCUUUUUUUUUUGAUAAUGAACAUGAACAAGUGUCCGAACUUCACACCAAAAAUCUUCGAGAAAACACAUAUGUAGUGGUAUGUGAAAAAAGAUAAAAUGUGGUGAUGUUUGAAACAUCUAGAUUUGUUACUUGCAUCACUCCGAUUUGUCUUUUUGGCACAUAUCACUACAUAUGUAUUUUUUCGAAGAUUUUUGGUGUGCAGUUAGAACACUUAUUUAUAUUCAUUGUAUAAUUAUUCCAGAUUUUUUGAAUUUAUUUGCUAU